CCCUGCCGGAAGCUGAGUGCGGAAGUGGACUCGGCGCUGCGGGCUCUGGGUUCCGCCUGUGGACGGCUUGUCAGAGCCUUCAGCCGACACAGACUGCGCUCCAUCUAAUAAACUCACCCGUUGUGACGAGCAGAGACGCGGACGGCUGACGCAGAGAUGGCUGGGCGGCUACCGGCGUGCGUUGUGGACUGCGGCACAGGGUACACUAAACUGGGGUAUGCAGGGAACACAGAGCCGCAGUUCAUUGUUCCAUCAUGUAUUGCCAUCAAAGAAUCAGCCAAGGUUGGUGACCAAGCCCAGCGGAGGAUGAUGAAGGGGGUGGAUGACUUGGAUUUCUUCAUUGGAGAUGAAGCCGUAGACAAGCCCACGUAUGCCACUAAGUGGCCAAUCCGUCAUGGUAUUGUUGAAGACUGGGAUCUAAUGGAACGCUUCAUGGAGCAGAUCAUCUUCAAGUACCUGAGGGCGGAACCUGAAGACCAUUACUUCCUCCUGACAGAGCCUCCUCUGAACACCCCAGAGAACCGAGAGUACACGGCUGAGAUCAUGUUUGAAUCCUUCAACGUGCCUGGGCUGUACAUCGCAGUGCAGGCUGUUCUUGCUCUAGCAGCCUCCUGGACGUCCAGACAGGUGGGAGAGCGAACGCUGACAGGAACUGUCAUUGACAGUGGCGAUGGUGUGACACACGUCAUUCCUGUGGCUGAAGGGUAUGUUAUUGGUAGCUGUAUAAAACACAUCCCCAUCGCAGGACGCGACAUCACCUACUUUACUCAGCAGCUGCUGAGGGAGAGGGAGGUGGGCAUCCCGCCGGAGCAGUCUCUGGAGACGGCCAAGGCAGUCAAGGAGCGGUUUAGCUACGUGUGCCCAGACCUAGUCAAAGAGUUCAAUAAGUAUGACACAGAUGGCUCCAAAUGGAUUAAGCAGUACACCGGCAUCAACGCCAUCAGUAAGAAGGAGUUCACUAUUGAUGUUGGCUACGAGCGCUUCCUGGGGCCUGAGAUCUUCUUCCACCCAGAGUUCGCAAACCCUGACUUCACCCAGCCCAUCUCUGAGGUUGUGGACGAGGUCAUUCAGAACUGCCCCAUUGACGUCAGGCGUCCUCUCUAUAAAAACAUUGUUCUGUCCGGAGGCUCCACCAUGUUCAGGGACUUUGGGCGCCGUCUGCAGAGGGACUUGAAGAGGACUGUUGAUGCCCGUCUGAAGAUGAGUGAGGAGCUGAGCGGAGGCAAGCUCAAGCCCAAACCAAUCGAUGUACAAGUCAUCACUCAUCAUAUGCAGAGAUAUGCUGUGUGGUUUGGUGGAUCCAUGUUGGCAUCAACUCCCGAGUUCUACCAGGUCUGCCACACCAAAAAGGACUACGAAGAGAUUGGGCCGAGCAUCUGCCGCCACAACCCCGUGUUUGGAGUCAUGUCUUAACUUCGGACCUCUAACAGUGUUUGGCAGACUGUGGACAGGACUGGCUCAGGCAGUAGGGGGCGCUGGUGUUUCUAUUCUUUUUGAUUGCUUCAGCUAUGGAUGUGUUGGAAAAGAUGUACCACCAUUUUGGGGGGGGGGGGGGGGGUACAGACCACACACAUACACACACACACAAACGGCUGGAAAAUUUCUUGUGAAUGUUCCUUCUUUCUUUUCUUUACAAAAUGAGGGACUGUGGUUUGUUAGCCAGAACAGUUUUAGGAACAGAUGUGGACCUGCUGAGCAGCACUAAUAAUAAUGUGUUUGUGGAGCUCUGGGACGAUAUCAACGGUAAUUAAUUACAUGACAAAACAACACAUUAUUUAUGUUGAUAAAAUGAGUCCAGGUGAGAUCUGAUGACUCCUUCAGAUCAUUGAAGAGCAUGUAAUCAUUGAAAUUCUCUUCUUUCUUUCUUUUUUUUUUCCUUUAACUUUGUUUCAGCUGUGCAUUAUGGCAAGAGCUUGUUUAUAUUUCCUAAAACUUUUUUGUAUAUGUAAGACUUGGGAAAUCAGGGGUUUAAAAAAAUAAUAGUAAUAAUGCCGGUAUGAGCAGGUGACUGUUUAAUCCCAGGAUGCAGCUUUGAUAUGCAGUGUUCUUUGAGUUAAAGUGCUUUUCUUAUGAUUCUCACACUCAUUGCUGGUUUCCCUUUAAUUCUAUAAACAUUCAUAUCUUCUUUCACUUAGGACUGUCAAGUUUCUGCCUCUCUGAUGUGGUGAAAGAAAAGAAAGAGGACUUGCUGAGAUAAUAAACACGAAAUAAAACUGUCGUUCCAGUAUUGUUAGUUUUUAUAAUUAAAUGCCAAAUUAUUAAAAUAUGGAAUUUGUGUAUUUAAUGCCUUUCUAGAUUCCAAUAAAGGUUCAAAUUUGUUUCUAAGCA